AUGUUCUCAACACAAAAUCAAACUCGCCCAAUUUCUCUCACGAUCGUAAUCAUCAUGAUGAUUUUAUUUUCAUCAUUAUGGUUCGGUAUCGUCCAUGCUUUAACUCUGCAAUUUCUAGAUGCAGAAACCAGAAGGGGAAUACCCAUGGUCAUGGCAACAAGCACCAAUGAAGUGAGCUAUGUGAGUGAUUCGAAUGGUAUAGUGCUAAUUCUCGAGCCAGGUUACGAAAAUCAAAUUAUUUGGUUGAAAGUACAAUGUGAUGGUUAUCAAUUGGUAAAAUCUGAUGAAUUUCAAGGAAUUUCAUUGCUCUAUACGGAUGAUGAAUCUGUAAAGUUAUUGAUGAAGAGAGAGCAGCUUGCAGAGAGAUUGUACAGAUCGACUGGUGAAGGAAUAUUCCGAGAAUCGUUUGUGGCUCAUGUUGAUGUGCCAAAUGUCAACAGAGAAACAAUCAAGGAACGAUUUCUGUUAAAUUCAAAAGUUACUGGUCAAGACAGUGUUAUGAAUGCAAUCUAUAAGGGAAAAUAUUAUUGGUUUUAUGGAGAUACCAAUUCAAUUUCGUAUUAUUUGGGAAAUUUUCAAGCAAGUGGAGGUUUCACACCUGUAGAACAGUUACAAAAGUUUGGAUUAUCAAUCAUUCCAAAUAUUACCUACUUUAGAAAUACAAAUGGAUUUGUUAAAGGAGUGGCUCCAAUGCAAUCUUUGAAUUUACCAACCUGGAUACAUGCACUCUAUGUGGACGAAAGACAGGACGAAAUGUUUGCCACAUUCAUGAAACCGAAUCAAGAAUUGGAAAUCACAAAGAGAGGUUUAUUGAAAUGGAAUGAUGAUAAGGAGAAAUUUGAUUUGAUUUCUGAAAUUGCAUUUGAAAAGUUUUUUUCAUUUCCAAUUGAUGGUUCUCAUGUGGUAGCUCAUAGAAAAGGAGUGAAAUCAUUGGAUGGUUGGAUUUAUUUUGGUCAACCAUUUCCACUCGUAAGGACAAGAAAUUAUCAAGAUUUGAGCUCGUAUCAGUCCUACACACCACUGAAAGCAAAUACUAACUCGUACAAUCUUUCAAAUGUUCAAUUGGAUUUUAAUGAAACAUCAGGUCAACUCAUAUAUGAUUGGAAAUCGACUACUUCUCCUAUUUCAGCCGAACAAAUGAUGAAUUUAGUUUUGAUGGGAAAAAUUAAAAAGGAACAAGCAAAAUUCAUUGAUCUAAUUGAUCAUGAAACUGGUAAGGAAAUAAUCGCUCAUGCAGGAACUGUUAAUUUCAAUCAAUUCAGAAACAAGUACAUUAUGAUUUUGGAACAAUUUGGAGACAAUAGCUCACCAUCCAUUCUCGGUGAGAUUUAUUACAGUGAAGGAGAAACACCACUAGGACCAUUCAAAUAUGCCACAAAAAUAGUUUCACACAAGUUUACAAAGCAUGAUUUCUAUAAUCCCUCACAUCAUGUUGAAUACGAUGAAAUGGGUGGGAAGGUGAUUUAUUUUGAGGGAACCUUUGCAAAUACUUGGACUAAUACUGCACCACUACCAAGAUACAACUACAAUCAACAAAUGUAUCGAUUGGAUAUUGAAAAUGUGAUGCACUCUCAUCCAGUGCCAGUUUACAAGUGUUUAAAUUAUGGAAGAGUGGUCUAUUCUUUGGAUAAUAAUGACGAUUCAGAAUGUCAAAUGAUUUUCCAUGCGAGAGCAUCAAAUUGUGAACUCUGUAUUCCAAUUUACCAAAAUGAAAGAGGUCAACUGACUCUGAAAACUGAAUCACUCCCUAUUUUCUAUUCCUUAAAGAAGGGCAAUCCAAAAAUCCACAAAUCUCUCAACAUUGACAACACUCAAACCUUUGUCUUUCCAUAA